UACUCUUUUGGAGUGACACCGGAAAUCCCGGCUCUUAUUUUGAAGUGCACUUCCGUCUGCACCGUCGUCUGCCGCUCCACCGACGGUCGUCCGUUACCGCAUCAGAAGAAAGGACACCGGCGUUGGGCGCUCGGAGUCCAGAUCCGACGAGUUGAACCCGGUGUCGUUAACAUGGAGGAGUCGUUAGCACGAAGUCCCUGUUCCUCCGAACCGGACAGUCCCGGCGGUCUGAACCGAGGCUGCCUCCUGGAUCCGGCUGACGUCAUCUACCAUGAUCUGUCCAUCCUCGUCCCGGAGACACCCAGUCCGCAGCUCGGCAAGAGGAGGAGACGAGGUCGCCUCCUGGAGGAGCCUCGCUCUGACGCGGCGCCGCCGUGGCGACCAGAGCAGCCGCACAGGCCCAAGCGCCGGCGCCUGGCCCGCAGAGACGAGGCCGGGACGGAGCCGGCGCCGCGCUCCGUCCCGGCCUCGUCUCUGCGGGCGCUCCCCCCGGACGGCUGGCUGGAGGCGCCGCUGUCCACUGCGUCCUGCUCCUCCUCCUCCUCCUCCUCCUCCUCCUACCUCACGCCCAUCUCAGAGGAAGAGGUGGAGGCCUCCGCUCUAGAGCACCGUCAGGCUCUUCUUCCCCGGAGGACGGCUUCACCACCACCGUCCUCCUCGUCCUCCUCGUCCUCCCUGUCCUUCCUCACCGCCGAGGAGAGGAGGUGGCUGAGGGGAGAGCAGGCAGACGCCUCCUCAGCUCCGGAGGAGAUCGUCAUCAGUGAUGAUGAGGAGGAGGUUCGCUCGGCUCAGGAGGAGGAAGACGAGGCGAUGGCUCGGAGUCUUCAGGCCCAGUUUGACCUCGAGGAGUCCCGCAGUCGACACCUUCUUCAUCACCAUCAUCAUCAUCAGCAGCUGCACCUCCGGAGCGCCCACAUGUUCCCGCCCUACAUGGAGCCCAGCUGGAUGCCUCAUCUUCUGGCCGCCGUUUCUCCGCUCGUUGCCCCCGACGACGAUCUGAUUGGUCGACACAGAAGACGUGGGCGGGGCCGAAGGAGGAACGCUGAGCCGGAGCUCUCAGAAGACCUCCAGGGGAACGACUACGAGGCUCUUUUGGCCUUUGAGGAACGUCAAGGUUCAGUCGUCUCCCAGAUGUUGAGCCGGAGACGAAUCCAGAUGUUCCCCACCAAGAGCUUCCAGUCAGCCACCGGGGGGGGGAGCACCCAGUGUCAGAUCUGUUUCUGUGACUACACCGACGGGGAGAAGUUGAGGAUACUGCCUUGUUUCCAUGACUACCACGUCCACUGCAUCGACCGAUGGUUGAAGGAGAACACCACGUGUCCCAUCUGCAGAGCGAACCUGGCCCUCUGACCUCUGACCCUCUGACCUCUGUUGACCUCUGUUGACCUCUUGCUGCCGUUUGAAGGUCGACUCGUCUGUUUUUAUUCUGUUUGAUUGUUUUCUGUCUGUCGGCUCAAAUAAAAAGUUACAAUCUG